GAGAGAUGCGAAAGGCGGUUUUUUGGGGGGGUUAUUGUUAUUUUAAAAGCACACUUCAUUUAAAGUAUAAACGACUCGAAACGUUAAUGGCGGACCCAAAGUUUCCCCCUCUGCCGGCUUCUCCGUGAGUAAGGCGCGCGCAGCGAGCGCCGUUGGCGUGGCAACGGCCGUCACCGCCGCGAGAGGCAGCAGUCCAACCGCCGCCGCCGCCACCAACGCCGCGCCCGCUUCCGGUCCAGCCCCGCCCAUCUCUUCCUCUUCCCCCGCCCCUCGUCGCGCGAACGCUGCCAGGCCCUCUCGCCGUGUCCCCUGUCAGGGCGGCAGCCGCUAUGUCCGACAAGGAGUUCAUGUGGGCCCUCAAGAACGGAGACCUGGACGAGGUGAAGGACUACGUGGCCAAGGGUGAAGAUGUUAAUCGGACACUGGAAGGUGGGAGGAAACCUCUUCACUAUGCUGCAGACUGUGGACAGCUUGAGAUCCUGGAGUUCCUUCUACUAAAAGGAGCUGAUAUGAAUGCUCCAGACAAACACAAUAUCACUCCACUCCUUUCAGCAGUUUAUGAAGGCCAUGUGUCUUGUGUGAAGUUACUCCUGUCAAAGGUAAGAAACGGAGACCUGCCUGGUGGUUUGUUAAUCAUUCAGCAACUUAACAAAUUCCACACUGCCUUCAAGCAUUUCAUCAUUUUUAUUUUUUUAAAAGCCUAAUAUUCAUUGGGUGGA